UGCCCUGUGGUUUUGUUGAGUAAGUUGCUGAAAGUUUUAGCGUGUGUAAUUGUAAGUGGGAGAAAAGUUAGCAAAAAUCUCAAGAAAUAACCUUAAGCUCGUUAAAAGGGCAUUUGUAUUUCUUUCAUACGAAGAGAUUGAUAAAAGCGUCGUCGGAAAAGCGAAUUUAUCGCUUUGAUGUAGUCGAACAUUCCAUUGUUACCCAUUAGGACAGUUCAGUUUAGGGAACCAGAAGACGGUUAGUUUAAACGUUUGAGUACUUGUCUGGAUAAAAGCCGAAAGAACAAAAAUGUCAGAUUGCAGCGACCUCGAUCGGCAGAUUGAACAACUGAGAAGAUGUGAAAUUAUAAAAGAAAGUGAAGUUAAAGCUCUUUGUGCCAAGGCAAGGGAAAUUCUUAUAGAAGAAGGAAAUGUUCAGAAAGUUGAUUCUCCUGUCACAGUUUGUGGUGACAUCCAUGGGCAGUUUUAUGACUUAAAAGAAUUAUUCAAGGUUGGCGGCGAUGUUCCUGACACAAACUACCUAUUUUUGGGUGAUUUCGUGGAUAGAGGAUUCUACAGUGUCGAAACAUUUUUGUUACUUUUGGCUUUAAAAGUCAGAUACCCCGACAGAAUAACGCUGAUUCGUGGAAAUCACGAAAGCAGACAAAUCACGCAGGUUUAUGGUUUUUACGAUGAAUGUGUCAGAAAAUACGGAUCAGUAACAGUGUGGAGAUACUGCACCGAAGUGUUCGAUUUUCUAAGUUUGUCUGCAAUCAUCGACGACCGAAUAUUUUGUGUACAUGGCGGUCUAUCUCCUUCGAUCACAACUCUAGACCAGAUUCGAACAAUCGACAGAAAGCAAGAGGUUCCCCAUGAUGGUCCUAUGUGCGACCUUCUCUGGUCAGACCCGGAAGCCAUUUUUUCAGAUACUCAAGGCUGGGGUGUUAGCCCAAGAGGAGCUGGCUAUCUAUUUGGCAGUGAUGUCGUUGCACAGUUCAACGCCACAAACAACAUCGACUUGAUAUGCCGUGCUCAUCAGCUUGUGAUGGAAGGCUACAAGUGGCAUUUUAACGAAACUGUUUUAACUGUAUGGUCAGCGCCAAACUACUGCUAUAGAUGCGGUAACGUUGCGGCCAUACUAGAACUCGAUGAACACCUGAACAAGGAUUUCACAAUUUUUGAAGCCGCUCCUCAGGAGGUUCGAGGUAUUCCUGCGAAAAGACCGCAAGCCGAUUACUUUUUAUAGAAAGGACUCGAGUGAUCGUUUUUGUUCACGUAAAUUACCCCAAAGGCCGUUUCCCACCACAAUUACCUGCCAGCAACGAUAGCAAUCGACGAAGAGUUAAAUGAACUUAUGAAUAAAUAUGCAAAGAAACUGCGCUUCUCACAAUUCAAUUUCAUCUUUAGAUCCUACAAAAUAUGACUAAACAAUGUAAAUUUGGAUUGUUGCUUCAGGCUUAUCUUAUAGUUCAAGAAAGUUUUUUUCUCACUUGUAUUACAAUGUCUUAUUUUUGCAAAUUUUCUUUUUAACUUUGAGUAUGUUAGUGACAUUAAAAUAUUCUUUAAAAUAUGAUUUGGAAAGU